GUGAACGUUCGGUUGUAGAGUGCUCUGUGUCAGUAGUCAUACUUGGCCUAUCCAUUUCUAGACCAUGUAUUAAUAUCGGGUCUUCUUUUUCAGAGCAUAAAUCAUGGACGAUCAAAGACCCCCAGAACACCCUGGCUAUCCUGGACCCAAAACUGGCUAUCCUGGACCUCAGGCUGGCUACCCUGGACCCCAGGCUGGCUACCCUGGACCCCAGGCUGGCUACCCAGUCCCACCAGCUGGCUAUCCAGGGGCUGGCCCAGUUGGUUUUCCUGUCCAGAAUCAGCCAAUGUACCAGCAGCCAGGUGUUCCUGCAGGGGUACCACUGAUGCCAGCACCACCAGCUCCACUGAACUGUCCACCCGGAUUGGAAUAUCUAAGUCUGAUAGAUCAGAUACUGAUUCAUCAGCAAAUUGAACUUCUGGAAGUCUUAACAGGUUUUGAAACUAAUAACAAAUACGAAAUUAAGAACAGCCUUGGACAGAGAGUUUACUUUGCAGUAGAGGAUACUGAUUUCUGUACCAGAAAUUGCUGUGGAGCAUCUAGACCUUUUACCUUGAGAAUUCUUGACAAUUCGGGCCAAGAAGUCAUAACUAUGGAAAGACCAUUAAGAUGUAGCAGCUGUUGUUUCCCCUGCUGCCUUCAGGAGAUAGAAAUCCAAGCUCCUCGUGGUGUACCAAUAGGUUAUGUUUCUCAGACCUGGCACCCAUGUCUGCCAAAAUUUACAAUUCAAAAUGAGAAAAGAGAGGAUGUGCUAAAAAUUGCUGGUCCAUGUGUUGUGUGCAGCUGUUGUUCAGAUAUUGAUUUUGAGAUUAAAUCACUUGAUGAAGAAACAAUGGUUGGCAGGAUUUCCAAGCACUGGACUGGGAUUGUGAGAGAGGCAUUUACAGAUGCCGAUAACUUUGGGAUCCAGUUCCCUUUAGACCUGGAUGUUAAAAUGAAAGCUGUGAUGCUCGGAGCUUGCUUCCUCAUCGACUUUAUGUUCUUCGAAAGUGGUGGAGGCAAGGAACAGAGAUCGGGAGUGUGGUAAUGGUUCAAUGAAAGUUUCCUCGGAAAAUUUGAAGUCUACAUAUUGAUCGGAACUACCUGAGAGAAAAAGUCUUUUCUUGUUUUCUUAAUAAAAAUUCCUCACAUCUGUAUGAACCAAGCUAUAAUAGCUGUAGCUCCGACUGUAAUGAUUUCACUUUACAAAUGAUAAGUUUAUUUUCUUUACUGACCUAUACAUGUUUUUAUACCUUGUUUGAACAUUCAUGGUGAAUUUGUGAGAAAGGACACAGGAGUUUUUACAUUUAGAAAUAAAACUUCCAACAGAUGCAAGAGAGCAAGUGGAUAGAUAGAAUAAUUUCUACUGUACCA